UUUUAUUGUAUUAUGAUAUUGCUGUUCCUCAGCUGGCCGCGAGCAAGAUGUACAGAAGACACUGUCUUAAAGGGCGAAGAGAUCUACGAUCAGCUGGCAACCGCCUCGGAGACCUUGGCGCACGCUGCAAAGCAGGUGAAUGAAGACUCAAAGGACAUCGAAAAACAGCUCUCGAGCACGUCGUCGUCAACGGUACACUAUGAAAAUUCCAACGGAUUCAUGCCUAUGGUACCAUCCGCCUCGUACGACGAACUCGACUCGUCACAGACCGGCGAUCAGCAGCAGUCUGAAGAGAACAACGUGACGAAUGCCGACGGUAGGCUGAAUGAGUUCGAGUUGCUGAAGGUGAACAACGACACCCCGGCGGUGGCCAAUUAUCGGGAAUUUUACAAGAACGUGCACGACACGGUGAACACCGGCGAGACCAACGGCGAGUCCGGUAAACUCUCUUCGAGGCGUCCGAAAGGCGAGAGGGGGAGGAGGCUCGAAAAUCACACCCGCAAUUACGGCUGGCAGGCGCAACAGAGCAACAACGAGGAUAUCUAUGCUCAAUUCUACUCGUACAAUGGCGCCCAGGAUACGAAGAAAACUGUUUACGGGCCGGAGAAAGUAGCUGGUAAUUAUCAGCAGCAGAACACCGCGAAUAAUAACUACAAUGGGCUGAACGCGGCCAAGCAGAAUGUAGCAGCACCGGUGCCGUCCUCAUCAAGGACGAAUUACGAGGUCAACGAACUCGGGCAUAGCGGAACUCACGGCGACGCGGCGGAAUCGCCGAGGACUCGCCACAGAUUCAUGAAGCCGGUCGUGGUCGUCGAGCCGAACAACUACAAGGUGGACGUGAAGUUCAGCAGCCAGCUGCGGAACAGCGAGCCGAAUGAUGAUGACAAAAUUUUGAAAAAUCUGCAGGAAUCUUCCAGUUUGGAGAACUACGAUGCUUAUAACAAUCACGACAGGCAACGUAGUUACCACCGCACGGAGGAUUCCAAAGAACACUCGGACGAGAGCACGGAUUACUCCGAUUAUAUCGACCGGCCGAGACUGAGAACUCAAAAGAUUCGGAGACGUCCCGAUACCACCAGAAAACUCCCCAAGGAACAUCGAGGCACGUUAAACUCCGCGGAGAGCGCGGAGGAGAGUAAGUAUAGCUCCUCAAAACUGAAGUCGCAGCGGCACAGAGUGAAGGCGAAUCCAUGGCUGAACGAUCCCAGCGUGGUGAAUCAGCACGACGAGAGCGUCGAGGAUAUUCGACACGAUUCCAGAGGCAGCGGCACGAAAACGAAGACUGUUCCAUAUGGAUCCAGGUCGAAGAACACCAACACGUGGAAUCAGAUAUCUCCGAAUCUCGAGAUCUCUCAUUCUAACGGGAUCGAGCUGGAUCAGUUGGAGAAGCCGAAAUACGUCGUUAAUUUCGUGCCCGUGGCGAAUUUCGAUCACGCGACCGCGAUAGGCGGUAGCCAGGGUUUCGACAUGUCCAACGCGAUGCUGCAGAAUCUCGCCACCGUCGCGCCGAUCGGCGCGUUCAGCACGACAGCGCCUAUCUUGAACACACCUCAGUCCGUCCUCGCACAGAAUCUGUUGUCGAAGAACCUAGUCUCCACGCCGGUGCCCGACAUCAUCGUCGGCCAGAACACCUUCCAAAAUCCCGUUCACACGGUACUGCUUUCUCCGAACGGUCAAAAUAAGAUCGUGGAUACGCUGAGAGCGACAUACGUUCCGAGCACUAUGACACCCGUGUUCGCCAUCACGCCCGUUCACGGUGUGCAGGACAACAACGUGACGCCGCGAACGACCUACGCCAUAGUGCCGCAGCCGACCAUUCAGACGCACCCGGGUUUCCUGCAGACGCCGCUGCAGGCGACUCAGAUCCAGGUGAAUACCCACGGGCUGCAGGGUCAGAAUUUGCUAAAUCACGGUAACUUGCAGGUACAGAGCGUGCCGACAGCGCCCACGCUGCUGUCCAGCCAGGUGAUGCCGGAGGGUAGGGCCAACUUGGAAACGCAGAGCAAGAAGAACGCGUAUCCCACCUCCGGCGCGAACUUCCUCGCCACCGCGAGUCUGGCCGUCGGCCAGAACAACCCGAAGCAGGUGGCUAAUGUUAACUCGUAUUAUGUGCAGGGCCAGAAUGCGCGACUAAUUCCAAAUCAACAGAAUUUGCAGGAGCUGCAAGCUCAAAUGAACAAGCAGCUGGCGAAGGGCGGCAAACUGUCCAACAUCGUGUUGCAGGCCGCUGACAGCUCGACUAGUCACUCGAUUAAUAAUUUAAAUAUGCUCGGAGCAGCUGCAGUCGGAAACGCUCAUUUGCCGAACGUAGGCGCGAAGAACGUGGAGAUCGUGAAUCCGAACAUCAAGCCGAAUCCUCUCAAUGCUUACCAAGCGAUGCACUAUCCGACCGCUGUCCUGACGACGCCCAUCCCGAUCUUCAGCACGAUCGCCUCGGCGACUCCGCAUACCGCGGUCAACCUGCAGAAUUACGUGAACUCUCUGACGGAGUCCGGAGCCAAGAUCAAGCAGGUGGAUCUCAGACCAGCGCAGAAUCAGGAACGACCGAUGUACAAUCCCAUUAAUUUCGUUCCCAACGUUGACAUUAUCAAAAAUCAGAACACUCUUAACAAGUUGCCGAUCAACGAGCCUCUUCAGCCAGGCUUGAAUCUGGUGCCCGCCAUGCCGGGCGGAAACUUCUUCAAACCUGGGUUCUCGGGGCAAGGUGAGCUGAUCAUGAAGCCGAAGCUCGCGUCGGACUUGCAGCAGUACGCCGAGGAGAUGUUCAAGGAGUCCCUGAAGACGAUGUACAACUCGCAGAAGUGGAACAACGACAGGAAACCGGGGAAUAUUCAGAAUAAUCCCGAGGCGAGCGACAUAGCGAAAUUGAGGCUCGAGCUGCAAAAAUUGAGGUCUUCCCUGUCGGAGUCGAAGUACAGAGACCUUCUCGAGGCGCAUCAGAGCGAGAAUAGCGUGCGCACGGCUGACUCGCCCAAAGGCGAUAAAAAGAAAGUGGAUCCGCUGCUGGCGACCUUGGAGCAUCUGCUGAAGACGCGACCCGCGGGACCGAUACAUAUCUAUCAUGGCGCCGUUAAACCCGGUCGCAAACCGAAGCUGGGCGGCGAUGCGACCUUCGCCGCGAGUUCCAACUAUGAUUUCAGCGACAGCAGCCACUUGGAAUUUCUCACGCCACCCAGACCGGAUCCAUUCUACUCAAAGGCUCCCUUUCACGACAAGCCGAUGAAGAAACGACCAGGAGCGAGAUUCAAGAACGGUCCGAGGAAACUGGUGAGGCCGAGCAGUUCACCGCUUAGAUCCGUCGGCUCGCCGUUAGAAACGUCCUCUAGCAACGUGGAGGUGUACGUGGAUGGUUAUCGUAAGCCGCCUGUAAAUUUCGAUCCUGAAAACUUCGACUACGAGCCGAGACACCGUUCGCGAUCGUACCGCAAUUCGUAUCCGACGUUCACCACGUCGAAGCCGGAUGUCCUCGAUAAGAUCUUAAGGGAGAUCAAGAAUAACAAAAGCUACGACAUCAAUCAUCCCAGGAUGCACAAUCUUCUUGGUAUGUUGAUGAAGAACAAACAGCUGCCGAACAGAGGCGCGCAGAACUAUUUUCGCAACAAGGAUCAGUUGAGGCAUCUCGAGAGGGACAGACGUCGGCUGCAGCAGCAGUUCUACGCUGAUACCUUAAGGGAUUACAUGCACAGAUCCGACAUUGAGUCGCAACCUGCUACGGCUGCCAACGGGAAUGUCUAUUCGGGGAAUGGCGUGAAUUCGUAAUCAAAAGUACAAGCAAGACGUCGAUCACGCGAUGCGUUCGCUGGAGAUUCGCGUGUAAAAUCCGUUAAAUAAUGAAUUGUAAAUCGUAAAUCCGCUCGUGAAAGUAUUAGAAUUAAUUAGGUAGUAAGUACGUUUAUCCCGUUUGCGAUAACGGACGACCUUCCGUCCGCUUUGCGCAUUAACGAAUGCAGCAUCACGCCAGCAUCGAACCGCUGCGCUGUUCGCACUAAGCAUUUAAUUAUAAUAAGUAACGUUUUAUACGGAAAUUGUAAAUCGUUAGUAUCAUAUGCGCUCGCACGGAAUGUUCGGGUCGAGGGGACAGCAAAUUUUCAUCGGUCAUCAUUGUAAGACGCUGACAAGUAUUGUAUGUACAUAUUAAGUUAAACAAGAAAUA